GUUUCGUACCGUACCGUACCGUACCGUACCGUACAUAGCAUUUCACAGAUCCACCCCUUUCUACGUACUCCGGCUACUCUGGACCCUAAUAGAAUGCCACGGAAGACUCGAGCUGCUCAGAAGGCGGUCGUAGAGGAGCCAGCCGCGCUGGAGGGAGAGCAGCGACAGCAGGAAGCAUCCGAAGAGAUCGCAACUUCCCCUACAGCAGCUAGCAAUGAAGCAUCGACGUCAAAGGCAGCAACAACGGCAGCGGACGAGUCGGUAGAAACCACGAGAUCGAAGGGAAAAGGAAAGGCGAGAGGGAAAGGCCAAGCUGCAGCUGCUGUACAAGAGGAGGAGGGGGAACAAGCAGCAGGAGCUUUGGCUGGGGAGGCCCAGGCCGAAGCGGAAGAGGCAGAGGCAGCCACGAACCCGGCAACAGCAUCAGAGGCGGAAGAAGAAGAAGCAGCGAUGUCGAAUGGACUGGCUGCUCCAACAGAGAAGACAAGAUUGACUAUGGAGCAGAGGCGGGAGAAGAUGAAUGCUCUCAAAAAGAAGAUGGCCCAAUCUUCAACUCAAAAUCGCAGAGAUCUCGCCCUCGAUAAGCAAGCUCGCUCCAACAACGUGCGCGAUGCGACGAAUUCCCGCAAGCUAGCCAAGGCCGAGCAGACACUAGACAGGAUCGAUGCAGAGCAGCGGGGCGAGGAUUGGGAACGGCAGAGGAAUUGGAAGUACACGAUUGAGGAUGGAGAGAGGUGGGAGGAGAUGCAGGCGAGGGGAGAGGAAAGCAAGGACAAGGGUAUCAUCGAUGCAAAUGGCUUAGCGGCUCGAUCGUACGCACGCGGGCUCAAGUCUUUCAAGCCAGACAUCAAGAGCUACCAGAAAACAGUCGAAGGGAAUUCGGCCGGUCCUUCUUCUAGCUCAACAAGUCUGAUUAGAAGAGGAGCCGCAGGCGACCCCUCGAGCAACCAGCAGGUAGUCCGCAAAGAGGACAUCUACGCGGGUGUUAACAGCCUCUCUUAUGGAGACCACAGACCCAAUGAUACAGCCAUCGACCGCGUCGUCUCUCACAUGAACAUGGAGACGGACGUACGCAAGAAGCGCUCUCGCAAGCGUCCGGCUGAAGAGGGCGGAGAAGUGACGUACAUCAAUGAGAAGAAUCAACACUUCAACAAGAAGAUUGGGAGGUACUUCGAUGAGUACACACAGGAGAUCAGGGAUAACUUUGAGAGGGGAACGGCUUUGUAAGAGACGUCAGAUACAUUUGUACCGUUGCGAUGCCAUAAUCUUACGUCCUCAUCUUACGGAUACGAUAUAUUCGAUCAUGAAC